AUCACACAGCACUCUACUGUUACUUGUCAAUUUUUAUUUCCUUCUGUUGACAAGGGUUUCUGCCAGUGAAUCAGGCUCCAGUGGAGACAGACUAGGAACUGCAGCAGAAGAGACAAGCAAGGCAGUCAAAGCGGAGUCCCAAGAUGUGGUGCCUCCUCCUGCUGCUCUGCUCCCAAGCAAUUGCCUUUUCAGCAGGAUUCACAACAUCCUCCACUCUGAAUCAAGACAAAAAACAGUACAGGAAGACUCGCAACCCCGAAUGCUUUAUGAAUGUUAGUGAAAUUAUUAGAUAUCACGGAUAUCCCAGUGAGGAAUAUCAAGUUACCACAGAGGAUGGAUACAUUCUUGCUGUCUUCAGAAUUCCUGCUGGGAGGAACGGCCAAAAUACAGGGAAAAAGCCUGCAGUCCUGCUACAGCAUGGUGCUUUUGGAGAUUGUAUUCACUGGAUUUCUAACCUGCCCAACAACAGCCUAGGCUUCAUCCUUGCAGAUGCUGGAUUUGAUGUCUGGUUGGGAAACAGCCGAGGGAACACUUGGUCUUCAAAACACAAGACCCUUAAGCCCUGCCAGAAGGAGUUCUGGCAGUUCAGCUUCGAUGAGAUAGGUAAAUAUGAUAUUCCAGCAGAGCUGUACUUCAUCAUGAAUAAAACAGGACAGAAGCAUGUAUAUUAUGCUGGUCACUCAGAGGCUUCAGCUGCAGGCUUCAUAGCAUUUUCUACUUUUCCUGAGUUGGCUCAAAGGGUGAAAUUAUUCUUUGCUUUGGCACCAGUAACUACAGUCACACAUGCUACCAGUCCUCUGAUAACAUUUGCACGUCUUCCCCCAGCACUGAUCAGGCUACUACUUGGCUGCAAAGGUGCUCUUCACCAGAAUGAACUGCUGAAAGGCCCUCUAACACAGUUCUGCAACAUUCUGGGAAAGGUUUGUGGCUGUCUGCUCUGCUUCGCAGGUGGAGGCAGCAUAAAAAAUCUGAACACGAGUCGAAUGGAUGUAUACAUAGCACAUCAUCCUGCUGGAACAUCCGUACAAAACUUUAUUCAUUGGCAUCAGAUGGCAAGGGCAGACCAAUUUCAAGCUUAUGACUAUGGCCCUAAGGAAAACAUGAAGAAAUACAACCAGUCUACUCCUCCUGCAUACAAGAUAGAGAAGACAAGCACACCAGUUGCUCUUUGGAGUGGUGGACAAGACAAACUUGGAGAUACAAAAGACAUGGCAAAACUACUUCCUCGGAUUACUAAUCUCAUUUACCAUGAGCAUUUCCCUGCUUGGGGACAUCUUGACUUCGUCUGGGGCCUUGAGGCAACUGAGAAAAUGUAUCGUAAAAUCGUUGAACUAAUAAGAAAACACCCUUAAAGCUUCACACUGGGAAUUAAUUCAUCCAAUAAAAAUCCCAAAGACUUUUAUUAAGCAGUAGAAUAUGGGUGUAGGGAUUGGUAUAGGGAUUUAUAAUCUACUGUCAAUUAGUUUGCAAUUUUUUUAUGUUGUUUUCCAUGUUGCUACAUUAUUUUGGUGACUGUAGUCUCUCUGAGGAGGUUGAGGUACAUGGGGAUGACUGCUGAUAACAGAAAAAGCACUUCAGGGAUCACUUAUUUUGGAAUAUUUUACUUCUAUAAGACAGAUUUAGAUACAGCUAAUAUUUAAUUUUAUCUUCCCUUUUAGAUCAAUAUUACAUAUUGCAACUGACACAGAGGGGUUAUCCCAUGAAAACCCCAAAAUGGGAGAUGCUAAUUUCUCUGUUGAAGUAUAAGCAAUCUUUGUUUAAAUUAAAGCAUCCAUCCUCUUGA